AAAGCUCAAUCAAGUAGUUUUCCAUGGCUGAUUUAGAUCGCUCUUCAGAUGAUACCUCCAUGGAUUCUCGAGAGGAAAGCAGUCAAUUAGAUUCAAAGCUGGAAUUCUCAGAAGAUGAGGAAACAUUAAUUGCCCGAAUGUAUAAUCUGCUUGGGGAGAGGUGGUCUCUAAUUGCUGGGAGAAUUCCAGGAAGAACAGCAGAGGAGAUUGAAAAGUAUUGGACCUCGAGAUACUCCACAGGUAGUGAAUGAAGCAAACUUGGUUGCAAGUUUAGCGAUUUUUGGGGGGAAUUGCUUGUAUCA